AUGGAAGGAUACACAGAAGUCUUUGCUUGGGGCUUAGAUAAUUAUGGCCAAUUAGGCCUCGGUGGUAAAGUGAGGGGCAAAACUUAUACUAUUCCUCGUUUUUGCAGUUACAAUGUCGUAAUUCGAGACAUUUCAUGUGGCGAAGACCACAGUGCAUUUAUUUCUCUCCACGGGCAUGUCUACUCAAUGGGCAGCAACGCAGACGGAAGGCUCGGAAUAGGCGACAAAUCAAUUAAAAUGAGUUCUUCUCCUUGUUUAGUUGAAGGUCUCACUCACAUUAAGGCCGCCUCAAUUUCAUGUGGAUGAGGACAUACAGUUGCAGUCACUGAACAAGGGACUGCAUACUCAUGAGGCUUAGGAGAAUUCGGAGCUCUCGGCAUCAGCACCUUAGAAUCCCAAUGGUCUCCUACUGAGAUGGAAAUCUCAGAAAUCAUUCGAAUCAAACAAGUCAGCUGUGGCAGCAGACACACUUCAAUAAUAGGUGAAAAAGACUUCAGAAGGAUUUUACUCACCUGUGGAUCUGGAGAAGCAGGUCAACUUGGGACUGGAAAAAGAGAAAAAGAAUUAAUUCCUGUGACUAUUCAAACUGGGGAAGAUGUAAAACAAGUAAGCAGCGGGGUUUAUCAUACAGUUUAUGUGACUGUAAAUGGAAGGGUCUUUGCGAUGGGAGGAAAUUCAUUUGGACAGCUUGGAAUGGGCGAUAAAAAAAGCUAUAGCAGGCCUGAAAGAGUGAGCUACCUUGAUGGGGUUUUUAUAGAAAAAGUCAGCUGUGGGCAGCAUUCAGCUGCGAUUAGUGAUAAAGGACAUUUAUAUGUGUGGGGAACUGGCGCUUUUGGAGAGUUUUUAGUUCCACAAAGGUUUAACUCUGGGAUUGGACCGAUGAAAGAUGUGUCAAUUGGCGGAUGCUUUGGGGUAGCUUUGGAUUCCUCAUUUAAUACUUAUAUUUGGGGAUCGAAUUCUAAUGGGGAGCUGGGGUUAGGAGAUAUUGAGCCGAGAGCUGUGCCUACUUUGGUUUAUCAUUUAAAAGAUAAGCAAGUUAGACAUAUUUCAAGCGGAGGGAGCUUUUUUUUAGGAUUGGGCUCAGAUAUAGACCCUCCAGUCAAAAUGGAAUCACGAACCAGAAAAUCAACUCCGGAAAGGAUUCAUGAUCUACGCUAUGUUCAGGCUCAGCGAGAAGCUUCAAGUAGGAAAAUUGACACUUCUUUUUCCUAUAGUUAUAAAAACUCUGAAGAAAAUUCAUUCUAUAAAGCUAAAAAGAGUAAAGAAAAUAAAUAUUCAGCUUAUGCUAGACCUGAGUCUAGGAGGAAAGGGACUCCAACAAGAAAGCGAAAAAGCUCUAACUCGCCCCCGUUAAUUAGCAAAAGAUUUUUUCUCAUAACUUUUUUUGAUAAUAAUUUUUUUCAAAAAUUCCAGCUAUCUCUAGAAGUAGCUAAUAGUCAAAUAUUUUAAAAAAUAAAUAAAAAUAUUCUUCAUAUGAAUAUAGAAAAACAGCAAUCAGUUGGGAUAUUUAUAUAUUAUUUAUAAGAAAAUAUAUUUCGCUAUAGAGGGGAGUAAAGAAAAAGGCACACCACUGAAAGAGCGGAAUGGGUCAGUUGAAAGAGAAAAGCGGCCUGACCUUGAAUACCCAGAAAUUUAUAACCCAGUAAAGCUUGAAAGAGUCAGCAACAAUAACCCAUUUUUCGCAUCAAACGAGGCAAGAAGAAAGCAUUCAUUAUCAGGAGCUGAUUUUGAAAAAGAGCCCAGACCUCUAUCAAAUAGACCUAGAAGUACCACACCAUUUAAUGAGCAGCCUGAAGGAAACGUGCUUAAGCCUCACGAGUUUGAGCAAGAAUCGUCUUUCCAAAGAUCAGAAGAUCCAUCAAGAGAUGUAGAAAGAGAAUAUUUUAGGCCAUCAAUUCAAGAAACACAAAAAGGGCAUAAUAAUCGGGAAGAAUACGGGAUGGAAAAUAGAGGAAAUAAUAUAAGGCAGAGUGGCUUAGUCCAAGAACUGGAAUACCAACUUGAAUUGAAGGACAGAGAAAUUGAAAAGCUGAAUCUUGAGAUAAACCACCUUAGCUCUCAGUUUUAUGAGUCCAAAGUGGAUAUCGAAAGAAUUUCUAGAUCCAAGGCUUCAGAUAACUCGAAAAUUGAAGAUAUUCAAAGGGAAAAUGAAGACCUGAAAUUGCAGCUUAGAAGGUCUCAACAGGACAAUGAGCAGCUACAAUUAAAAGCUAAUUCUAUAGACCGAGACUAUCAUAUGGUCGACACUCAGUACAUUCUUAAAGUAAAAACGCUAGAAGGACAGCUUGAAGCCAUCUCUGUUGAGCUCGAAAAAUCUAAAGCCUACUCUCAACAGCUUGAAGCAAAAGUCACAGAACUCAACAGGGCUAGCCUUUAUUCUCAGCAGUUAAGUGGCAACUUAAUUGACGCACAAGCAGAAAUCAAAACUCUUAGAGAUGCCCUUGAAGAAGAAAAAACAAUUAAAGAGAGCCUAGAAAGAAAUAUAGAAGACAUGUCAAUGGAAAUGUUUCAGCUUAGAAGCGAAAUAGAGCAGACUGCCAUAAGGGCAAAAGAAGCUGAAUCCCAAAUAAAAGGACAAGCCACAGAAAAUUCUUAUAUAAGGAAAAAUUAUGAAGAAACAAAAAUGCAAAUGCAAAGUGAAAACAUGAAUUUGAAGAAAAACUUAGAAGACUUGAGAAUUCAGCUUCAAAAUGCGAUGGAGGAAAAUAUGGUUGUUAAGAAAAGCAAUGAUGAGAUUAAGCAGCAGCUUAAUUAUGUCGAUGGAGGUAGCAAGUUUUUAAGAGAAGAAAAUUUGAGGUUGAAGAGAAGUACUGAAGAACUCCAAAUUAUGAAUAAAAAUGAGGCACAAAGGCAUGAAGUAGCUGUAAACCGCUUAAUGGAAGAAAUUGAUUUGCUGAAAAGCAAGCUUGAAUCAGAAAGCCAGUCCCGCAUUCAAUUAGAAUUCGCUUUAAAAUCAGCUAGCCAAGAGAAAACUAGCUUGGAUAGUUUAUUGAAGCUUUCUCAAUCUCAAAUGAAUGACGAAGUUUUAAGGUAUAGGCAAAGCCAAAACAAGCUUGAAACAGACCAGAAGAAGCUAUAUACUGAACUUGAACAAAUGAAAAGAGAAAACAUGGAGCUUAGAAGCUCAUUUAUGAGCAAAGUCCAAGAAAAUACCCAGCUGAGCUCUUCAAUAUCAAAUUUCGAUUUCAAUAUCAAAAAGUCAUCAGAAGAAAUUUGUUUCUUAAGGCAAGAAAGUAUUGAUUUGAAAAGAAUUAAAAUUAACAUUAAUUAUAGAUUAGGGCUCUCCCUCCUUUUACGUCUCACCCAAGACAAAUCUUCUUAAAGAACUUAUUUAGCUGCUAGCGAAGCUUUCUGGGUAUGCUAGCAUUUCCACCAGAUAUAGCUUUCGGCCUGGUUCUUAAUGCUGUCUCGGAAUCUUGAAUUAUUCAUGCUUGAUUUGAAAAGCAAAUUAGAGUUUUUUACUAAUGAAAACCAAGAAAUAAAGGCAAGAAUUCAAAAUUUGCUUGUUGAAAAUGAUGCUUUGCAAAUGGAAGCAAAUGAAAGCAAGACACAAAUUGAAAAGCUCAUAGAAGAAAACGAACAUCUUCAAUCAAUUUAUAUUAAUCAUAAAGCUCAGACAGGGGAAAAUGUAGCAACUUAUGAGAAGGAAAAUCGGAUCUUAAAAGAUAAUAUGAAUGAUAUAAUUUAUUCACCAUAAUAAAUAGCUAUACCCUAGCAGAAUCCCGAACAGAAAUAAUAUGGUCCAGGGUGCCUGCCUUGUAUAGUCUAAGUCUGAUUAGGCAUGCUAAAACCAUUUUAUCAUUUUCGUUUUUACUUUUCAAAAAAGCUGACAAGUGCAAAAUCUUUUUGAAAAUUAAAAUGGAUGGCCAUAAAUCAUCUAAAAUAUUUUAAGGGUAUAUGAAAUAUGAAAUAGAAAAGCUGCAACAGCAAAUCAACGAAAAGCUUGAAAUAAUUGAUAAUAUAUCAGCAAUUAGCCGAGAUUGGGAAGAAAGGUUCAAUUCCUCUGUUGCUGAAAGUCAAAAUCUCCAGAAAGAAUAUAAUAAUUUAGAAGCUAAAAAUAGGCAUCUUUUUGAAACUUUAGAAAAAGAGCUGCAGCAAAGGGCAAAAGAGUACAAAGAAAGGACCUUGAACUUGCUUAACACUCCCAAUAAGAGUACUCCUUAUGUGUCUAAAUCUCCUAUUGUGCAGAGUUCUCCAGCUGUAUAUCACAGUACUGAAUUCUCAAAGCUACCAGGGCCUUCAGAAAAUCAAGAGAGGUUAGGAAAUUGUGCUGAAAAGCUAUUAGAAGCUCUGAAUGAGUCUCCUCUUACUCUCUAUUAAUACCCAACACUUUUUUCUUAUUAAUAAACUUUUUUUAUUGUCUAUAACCCUAAAUAAAAAUUUUAUAAUCCGUUGGUAAAAUUUUCUUAUGGACAUUAUACGCGCCAUUUUUCAUAUGAAAUUUCAAAUUAUGAAUUUGCCGCACUAAAAUCUGCGUUUUGAAACGCAUAUUGGUUUUCACAUACCAAAUUCAAAAUGGCAUGAUAUGCAUGAUAAGAAAUUAUUGCAAUACAUAAUAAAAUAUUUUUGCUAUUUUUCGUUGUAUAAAAAGGAGAGGUAGAGAUUCCCGAGACACAUCACCAAACCGUGGAGGAGCUGACCUCUUCAACGAAAGACAAAAAAUUUCUGCCUUAAAAGACCUCAGCCUAACUCCACAGCGUCAAGAUCUAAACUCACGAAUUUCUGCGCUCAUGCAAAGCAGAGCCAAACUAAGAGAAAACGGUUUUAAUAUUUAA